UGACCCAUCCUGCGGAAGGAGAGGCUCGGUUCAGGAUCCACGGAUUGUAGGUGGUGCUAACGCUCUACCAGCGGAGUUUCCCUGGCAAGUAUCCCUACAGCUGGUGUCCGGAUCGAGAUCACGCCACAUCUGUGGAGGUGCCGUGCUGUCUCCUUACUGGGUAAUAACUGCCGCACAUUGUGUCUGGGAGCUGAAGCCUUCCAGACUGUCUAUCGUGGCUGGGGACUACGAUCUGUAUAUCGCAGAAGGACACGAACAGAGGGUGUCCAUCGCCAGGAUUGUGUUAGACCAGUACCAAAAAGACAGCUUUUCAAAUGACAUAGCGUUACUGCAGCUGGCCACGCCUCUACGUAUUGACCAUGUUUGGGUCUCACCCAUCUGUCUCCCAGACCCUAGUCAGAAGUUCCUUCAAGGUGACAGUGUAGUAGCUGGAUGGGGACGGUUAAGUGAGAGUGGGUCACUACCACAUAUACUACAACAUGUUACGCUUCCCAUUCUCAGUCUAUCACGGUGUCACAACCUCUACAGGAGGGCGGGCUUUGCAAAGUUUAUCCACAGCUGCCAACUGUGUAGUGGAUUCGAACAGGGAGGACUGGAUUCUUGCCAGGGUGACUCAGGGGGACCCUUGGUCUGCAAGCAGUCAGACGGCCGGUACUAUCUUUGCGGUAUCGUCAGCUGGGGUGUGGGUUGCGCUAGACCCAAAUUCCCCGGAGUUUAUACUGAGUGACCCAGCCUGCGGAAGGAGAGGCUCGGUUCAGGAUCGCCGGAUUGUAGGUGGUGCUAACGCUCUACCAGGACACGAACAGAGGGUUUCCAUCGCCAGGAUUGUGUUAGACCAGUACCAAAAAGACACCUUUUCAAAUGACAUAGCGUUGCUACAGCUGGCCACGCCUCUA